AUGGGCCACCGAGCCCCUGCACGGAAGCGGCGGGGACCAGCCGUGGCCCUGCUGCUGUGCGUGGGCAGGAUGGCGGCGCUGGCCCGCGGCGGCCUGCACUGGCGCAGCAACUUCUCGGAGAAGUUCUUCUACCGCCACCACGUGUAUCUCAAGUCCUGGGGGAUGGGCGACAGCCCCGCGUCGGGGGCGCCGUUCACCGGCUGGAGCGAGGACACGAGGAAGGAGCUGCACCCGGCCAUCCCCGCGGAGAUCAGUGAACGGGAGAAGCUGGACCACGUGGCGGCCGCCGGGUACCAGAGGAUGGAUCGGCUGUACCAGGGGAAGAUGUACUUCCCGGGGUAUUUCCCCAGUGAGCUGCGAACCAUCUUUCGUGAGCAGGUGCUUCUCAUCCAGGUGCCAUCAUUGCAAGUGCAGGAGGCAGCCCCAGCCCCUACCUCCCUCAAGCAGACCAUCCUGGCUAAAGGGUCCCCAAAGUCUGGUCCUACCCUGAGUCGGUGGCAGAAUGGUGGUCAGAGCCCGGGAGGGCUCCCCACGAUGGCUGAGUGCUCCCAAGCCUGGGGUCUAACUGGGGCCCUGUCAUGUCUGUCUUUCAAAGAGGACAUCAAGAUGAGUGGGAGCGGACGGGGGCAGGGCACCACGAGCAGCGCCGUCUCUGGCUGCUGCAACCACACCUGUGUGAUCGUUUCAUGCAUAGACUUUGCGCUGCUCCUGCUCCUCGCAGGACUGCAGGACCACCCCAGCCUUCCACAGUCUGGAGAGAGCAGGGACGAUGGUGGGUGCGGGGCCUCCGCCACACAGGACCGCCAGGUAGUGCCAAGCUCCACGUGUCUGGAGCCCCAGCACUUGGCCAACCUGACCUUGGAAAGUGCCUCCAAGUGUCUUGCCCAGCACUGA